GAGGGGCCAACAAAGCCCUUACGCCAGCUUUGAGUAGAUACCUGCAGUGUGCAGACGAAAGGAAGUCAGAGACAGAUAACUGCGUGCGUGUGUGCGUCAUCCAGAGGGAGAGCUAGCAGCUAGAUAAGGGCAGAGGAAAUGAUGUCUGCAUGUCUGCUUGGGGUUUCUCCACAAAGGACCUCAUUAUAGCCUUGUUAGAAGAAGAACUUGAAGUGUGUUUACAGCGGGUCAAGAUGUGGCUGCAGUGGACCCGUGGUGCCCUGAUCUGUGCCCUCCUGCUGACGUCCGUCCGCGCUCAGAGCGGUGACGCCGAGUGGGGGUCAGGGGUCGAGGAGGAGAGGCCAAAGCUGGUGUUCACCAGCAACACCACCGCGAAACCCGCGACCUCACGGGAAGUUGGCGACGACCCUGUCCGGAGUGGCAGUGACGCCGGCUGGCCUCCCCCAUUUUUCGAGGCCUUCGUGCUGGACGAGGAGGAGGGAAAGCUCGCCGAGGACGCGUGCACGGUGAACUUCCACACCAGCGCGGCGUGGGCGCGGCAGAUGAAGGCCUACCGUGACGAGGUGGCCUACCUGAAGGCCAUCCAGCAUGGCAACCAGGCGGUGGUGGAGAACCUGGUGCAGUACGUGGGCGCCGAGAUGGGCGAGCAGCGCUACCAGGACGUCAUCGAGGAGAACAUCGGCGGCAUCCGCGAGGACCACAGCAGCUGCAGCGGCGUAGUGGACAAGACCGCAGAGGAGCUGCGCACGCAGCUGGAGGGGGAAAGCCAGGAGGCACUGACCGGCAUUCAGAAAAUCAAAGAGGAGUCCUUGGCCUUUGAAGACAUGCUGCGCGCUGCGUCGGACAUGGCCGGGCGGCUGGAGAGCACCUCCAAGGCCCUGCACGCCUCCCUCAACCAGCAGCUGAGGAAGAGCCUCCAACCCCCCCGCCACUGAUACCCACACACAGAGAGGGAUGCUCUGCUACUGAUCCGUUCGCCAGGGAUGGGUGCCCAUGUGGCACAAAUAGCGGCAAUAUAAAAAGACCUCCACACACACACAUGCUGUACAGACACACACACACAUGCCUCUAAUCCCUUUCUUAUGUUACUAGAAAGUACUAUCUCUGCGGUUUCCUUGGACAUGUAAGACAUUAGAAGUGUUGCUGUGUUAUAUUCUCUAUGGCGAUGGCUGGCGCAUAAGUAAGUAGUGGUUUAGGCAUCCCUCCAGUUUCAGUUGACGGAGCACUGGUGGAGGGGAAAAACAAAAGGAAAAAGAAACAACUGCCAUUUCUUUUUUUCUCAUUUCAAACACUUAAUCAUAUCGUGAAUCAACCCCCAAAAAUCACACAAAGCAUUUCCUUUCACUCUCUGUUCAGAUUACAUUUAGAGGAAGGCCUGGAAUUGUCAGAGUUCUGUGAAGCUUAUCUUGGCAGUCCUACUUUACGGCAGCACUGUAAUUGUUGAGGUCUGCUCUGGUACAAGGGCGCACAUGGAGAUCAGACUGACAGAAGAAGCUAGUUCAGAGUACAGUCAGUGUACCGUGUGUGUAUGUGUGUGUGUGUGUGUGUGUGUGUGUGUGUGUCUGUGUGUGUGUGUGUGUGUGUGUGUGUGUGUGUGUGUGUGUGAGUGAGUGAGUGAGUGAAAGAGAGAGAGAGAGAGUGUGUGUGUGUGACAGAGAGCUCUGGUGAAAGGGUGCACAUGGAGAUUAGACAGAAAGAGGGGGCUGGUGUACACAGACAGAAAGUGGAACCAGUGAAUAACAGACUCCUGAGUGCUAAUAAAAAAUGUCUGCUUGUGUGUGUGUGUGUGUGUGUGUGUGCAGGGGCGCCUACGGGAAUUAAUGCUAUGGUACGCCCCCCCCCCCGCGUGGACAGUAUUUUUCCUUUAGGUUCGUACAUACAUAGCGUAACAACAUCCACAUGCAUUAAUGCAACAACAACGUCUACAAUUACCUAUUCAUUUGGGCAACUUUAUACAUCCCUAUACAGGCUAAAGCUACCUUUAGUUGUGUUAUAGCUACUGUAAAGUCUGGCUUUAAACAGCUGUAAUGCAGUCGUUCUGACAAGCACACCAAUUGCUUAGCCAACCUUGUUCUUGCCCAUCUUGAAUAGCUCCUUUAGCUUCGCUGCCUCCAUCCUUUCUGUUUUCGUUGUUUAAACUUGUGAUAUCCAUGAUGAGUAUUGAGUUAGUAAAUUAGCUCAACAUUGUGUGCUGAUAACCAUAUAGAAAGCCGAGUAAAAGAAAACAAG